AAGUGGGAAGUUUUGGCUUUACCGACUACUUGUGGUGUAAUGUGCAAAAUCAAAAGCAGGACACACACGUGGGACUUGUAACCGAUUGCAACCGUGCUCUAAGACGGUUUCAUCAGAGUUUCGUUCCAAAGUUUGUGCAUACACCGAGACUUUUGAAACAUGGCGGCGGACACCAACGGUAGUGGUGAUGGCAUCUCCGACCUUGAGGCAAAGAUCAUCAAACAGAUGGAGUACUACUUCGGAGACAUAAAUCUGAUGAAGGACAAGUUCCUCAAGGAAAAGAUUCAAGAAGAUGAUGGCUGGGUCACCAUUGAGACCAUGCUCAAGUUUAACAGACUGAGGCAGCUGAGCCCUGAACAAAGUGUCAUCUGUGGCGCGCUGAAGAAGUCGGACAGUGGACUCAUGGAGGUGAACGAGGAAGGGGACAAGGUACGUCGCAAUCCCUCCAAGCCAUUGCCCGAAGAUUCCAAGGAAAGACGCGAUGAACUCAACGCCAGGUCUAUCUAUGCUAAAGCUUUCCCGCUGGACGCACAUCUGGACGAACUGAUGGCUUUCUUCGAAACGUACGGAGCUGUGGAGAACGUGUUCAUGAGGCGAGACUUCCACAAGAAAACCUUCAAGGGCUCCGUGUUUGUCACGUUCUGCACCAAGGAGGACGCCGAGAAAUUUGUGAAGGAAGAGGGCACCAAGUACAAAGAGCUGGAUCUGGAGAAAAAACUCUUCAAGACAGACUACUUCAAGGAGAAAACUUCAAACAAGAAGAAGGACGCGAAGCCUCCCAAGCCUGGGAAACCACCAGUAGAGGAGACGAAAGAGACUGAUGAAGAGAAAGCGAAGACACAGAUGACGAAGAACGCAGUCCUGUUUUUCAAGGGACUCAACACAGAAACCACUCGUGAAGAGAUCAAAAACUUUUUCUCCGAUCAUGCGGAAGUUGGCUGGGUGGACUUUGACAAAGGAAAAGCAGAGGGCUAUCUGAGACUGAGGGAGCCCAACAGCGCCGGCCCCACACUGGAGAAGGCCAAGGCCGCCAACGACGGGAAGAUAAUUAUCCACGACACAGAGAUUGAGACGAGGGUGGUGGAAGGUGACGAGGAAGUGGAGUACUGGACGAGAAUGUUCAAGGACAUCGCGGAGAAAAACAGCAAAAACAGACGUGGGGGUCGUAGCGGAGGUCGUGGUGGGCGUGGCGGGUACUCGAGGGGCGGACGUCGCAAUAGGGG